AUGGCUGAGGCGCCUCAGCAGCAGCAGCAGCAGCAGGAGGAGGAAGAGGAGCAGCAGCAGCAGCUGGAGGAGGAAGAAGAUGGCACGGGGGAGACUACAGAGACCGAGGAAGCUGCUGAGGAGCAAAAGGAGAGCAUCCAGACCCCUCCUCCGGCCCGACCCCUGCUGUCCAUGAGGUCCAUGAGCAGCGUGGACCCAGACGACGACUCCCCCAACAUGAUCGUUUACAGAAAGAUUGAAGACAUUGUCACUCGUAUCCAGGAUGAGACUGAGGGCGUACCCAUCAGAACUGUCAAGAGCUUCAUGACCAAAAUCCCCAGUGUUGUCACAGGUACUGAUAUAGUCCAGUGGUUGAUGAAGAAUUUGUCCAUUGAGGAUCCAGUGGAGGCCAUGCACAUCGGGAGCCUCAUUGCGGCUCAGGGGUACUUUUUCCCGAUCUCGGAUCACGUCCUCUCCCUCAAAGACGACGGCACUUUCUACCGCUUUCAGGCACCAUAUUUCUGGCCAUCCAACUGUUGGGAACCUGAGAACACAGACUAUGCUAUCUACCUGUGCAAACGGACCAUGCAGAACAAGACCAGGCUGGAGCUGGCAGAUUAUGAGGCGGAGAACCUUGCUCGACUGCAAAGAGCCUUUGCCAGAAAGUGGGAGUUCAUCUACAUGCAGGCCGAGGCCCAGGUCAAGAUCGACAGGAAAAAAGAUAAAACUGAGAGGAAGAUCCUUGACAGUCAGGAGAGAGCCUUCUGGGACGUUCACAGACCAGUGCCUGGGUGUGUCAACACCACAGAGAUGGACAUCAGAAAAUGCAGACGCAUGAAGAAUCCUCACAAAGUUAAGAAGUCGGUGUACGGUGUGGCAGAGGAGGGAACGCAAUCUCAGAGUCCCAUACACACCCCCUCACACCACUGCAGGAAAGGCACCAAGGAAGACGUGGAGAAGGAGAUCCUGUUCCUGAACGCCCAGCUAGACCGCCACUGUAUGAAGAUGUCCAAAGUUGCUGAAAGUCUGAUAACCUACACCGAGCAGUACAUGGAUUAUGACCCUUUUGUUACCGGACCGGAACCGUCCAACCCCUGGACCGCCGACGACCCGUCUUUGUGGGACCUCGAGUCAAGUAAGGAGCCCAGUCAGCAGAGGGUGAAGAAGUGGGGCUUCUCUCUGGAGGAGGCCCUGAAGGACCCGGCGGGACAGGACCUGUUCCUCAAGUUUCUGGAGUCAGAGUUCAGCUCAGAAAACCUGCGGUUCUGGCUGGCGGUGCAGGACCUGAAGCGGAUGCCGCAGCAGGAAGUGGCUCAGAGGGCGCAGGACAUCUGGGCAGAGUUCCUUGCAGAGGGAGCGCCGAGCUCCAUCAACCUGGACUCCCACAGCUACGAGCGCACCAGCCAAAACCUGAAGGACCCCGGACGGUACAGCUACGAGGACGCACAGGACCACAUUUACAAGCUGAUGAAAAGUGACAGCUAUGCACGUUUCCUACGCUCCAAUGUGUACCAGGAUCUGCUGAUGGCGAGGAAGAAACUUGAAACGGAGCAGGGGCGACGCACCUCCCUGGAGAAGUUCACCCGCAGCGUGGGAAAGUCGCUGACUGGCAAGCGGCUGACGGGCCUCAUGCAGUCGUCCUGACAAGGCCUGGGUCGAGAGCACGAGGAACCAUACCCGGAAGAGCUGCUCGCCGGUGGGUAGCAGGUGGAAAAGGACCCUGGGGUGCGUGGGUGUGGCUGUGGGAGGCGGAUGAGGGUGCCAAACAAGCGGAGACCGCUGGACUGUAACGCCGCCGCGUCUGAAACUCACCUCAGAAUCAGUUCGAGAGGACUGGCAGCAUGCAAUAAGUCACCCGACCUGACACCAGGACAGUGCUGUCACAGCGUAGACAAACAGUGCUACUCUUCUUAGGGGGUUUCUACUCAAAGCGCCUGCACCGAACGAGACCAGGUCCAGACGUUCUCUCUUUAUCUACUAUCUACACUCAUGUUAAUACGGUAGCUGAGGAGGCUAUUGCUUUAAUUUCAGUGAUAUACACAUGGAAUGCUUGAAUGCCUUGACUGAUGUCGAAACGAGACUUAGAUUAAUGCCGUAGCUAGCUGUUUUAUCUCGCCUCAUUCACUCCAAUGGUCUGGAAAGAAGCACACGGGAGGGGUUUACAGUAAACAUCUGCACUUGAACUGACGCCACACUGCCUGAUUUACUGACAGGACAGGUAUGAGAGGACGCCGCAUUUUUAGGAAAAAGGAAAAUUCCGAUCAACUCACUAUUGUAUGACACAAAUGAUCCCUCUGCAUGUCCACUGCUGGUUUAAUGUGUUCCUGUUUGUGCUUCAACACAGUCACACAUUUGUUAAUAUUAAAUCUGCAAUCGGAAGUAGGAAAAGUUCCACUUCCCAGUGGAAAAAGAAAAAAAUGCAUCUGAAUGCUGUCAUUUGUGCAUCUGUAUGAGAAAUAGUAUUUCUUCAUGAUGCACUCAUGAGUUUAUUGCAGCUAAAGUGGAAAUAGGCUCCAUUAACCUGGCCUGUGUAGUUAGCUGGCUACAAAAAAAAAAACAACA